CUGAAGCGCCGCUCUUUUUUCUCCCCUUCGUUCCUGUUCUUUUGCUUUUUUUUCUUUACAUUUUCAAUUCGUAUAUUAUUAUCUGAUACUUUGUAUUUGCAUGGAUAUAUCCCAACUCUGCAGUGACCUUGGUGAAGAAGUAGAAGGUUUCCCGUCUCCUCAGUCUACACACAAUGCUUACAACAACAACAACAACAGCAACAACAGUUUUCGAAAAGUAACCUCCAUUGCGUCCAUCACUGAAUCCAUUUCUGCUGUUCCGCCAUCCAUACCCGAUCAAUACGACAGUUUGCCAUCAGAUGUACAAUUACCGAAACUUAGAUACCCACAAAGCAACAACAGCAACAGUAACAACAAUAGUACGUCUUGCAAUAGUAGUAACAAUAUCUACGAACCACACACCACUCUUGUAAAUAGCUUAUCGAUCCAUGACAAUACAAAACGACCUUCAAAUUCCAUACCAUCUGUCUCCGAUAGCCACAGCAGUAGCAACAUCCACAGUGCGCUUAGCAGUAAUAGCAGCAGCAACAGUAAUCUUUCAAACAAUAAUCAUAUAAAUAGCAACCACAACAACAGCCAUCAUCACAACACUAUCCAGAACAGCAGCAGUAAUAGUUGCAGUAGCAUAAGUACGAUCCAUAAUGAUACGGAUGACAACACUAUCAAAAUGACGACGCCACAACAACUCCAGCAACAGCGACACCGACGAUCCUCAGCACACCAUCACCGUUCUCCUCUUUCUCCAUCUUCUUCAAAUGUCAAUGUCGCAGAUAUCAUACAUCAAUGCUCAGCACUUUGCGAUCAUCUGGAACGUUGCAAAGAGCAAUCUCAAAGAGAAAUGGUUCGACAGGAUCUGCUGUACAGGGCAGCACAGACAGCAAAGGACAUGCUAGCAUCCCUAGGGAUGCUGCAGGAACAACAACAACAAGUACUAAAGAAGAACCAACAUCGUCUGCUACAGGAGAAUUACGAUAAUAAUGGAAGCGCGCUGAUAACUACUGCUACCGAGGUAAGAAGCUUUUUCUUCUUUUCGUCUGACUUGUCGGAGAGCAGCAUUACAUUUCGCCGAUCGCGACCCGAUUCAGACGUGCGUCCGAGAAUCAAAAGACGUGCAAAGCGGAGUACUGCUGGACAGCGCUGUCAUUCAUGUAAUACUACCGAAACGCCCGAAUGGCGAAGGGGUCCUGAUGGAGCUCGGACGUUAUGUAAUGCCUGCGGUCUACAUUACUCUAAAUUAUUACGCAAAGGAUCGCUCACGGUUCAAUCGCGAGGAUUCUUGAUCGAGAACGACGGCGAUCGAAGCAUAAACACCAAUGUAAUAAUGGGCAGCAGCAAUAGAAACAACAAUCACCAACAACAACAACAACAACAACGACAGGCACGUAUCAUACAGUAUCCGAUCAUUCAAGUACAAGCUAAACCAGAUAACGACCCCAUGUCUUCUUCCAAUCGGGUCAAAUUUGUCAACAGCGAGAUCAGCUAUCCACGCGAUGACACUUGGCGAAUAAAUGCAGCCAAGACGGCUGAAGCGGCGCCCUAUGUAACGGGUCGAAUAGUUGAAAUGGAGGACGAAUAACAAAUUCGUUUUUUAACAGCCCCUCAUUUGUUUUUUUUUAAUCGAGUGAUGACGAAAGGUCGGAUAUGCUGCGUUAAAGGAUCCAGGGUGUGUGUGUGGUGGGGUAAGAAACGGGGGAUUAUGGCUAUUGGAGAUUACGAUUCAGGGGUAAAAGAGAAAAGAAGGGGAGGCAGAAAGCAUGACCUGAUAAGAAAGGCGGGGAGUUACU